CUCUCUCUCUCUCUCUCUCUCUCUCUCUCUCUCUCUCUGUCUUUAUAGAUUCCUGCUCCUUUUGUGUCGGGGGCUUCUUUUUCCUUUUCUGUCCUGAAAUCUUGAAACCCUUUUGGGAAACAGCUCGAUUGAUUUUUUAAAGGCUCGUAGAUAUGGAAAAGAAAAGCAAAAGAAGAUUUGUAUUACUGUUAUCUUCAGUGUCGGCCAUUUUCUUUAUUGUAUUGGCUGCUAAUUUUCAGGGUUCUUUCUCAGCGGCUAGUCAAAAACCCACCAAGAAAAGGUCAACCAAGCCGGCGGUUGCUACUAGUUUUGUUUCCUCUCUUGUUCUUCCCGUCGCUGGAAAUGUUUAUCCUCUUGGGUACUAUUCUGUGUCCGUGGAUAUAGGCAACCCGCCCAAGCAUUUUGAGUUAGAUAUUGAUACUGGCAGUGACCUUACUUGGGUCCAAUGUGAUGCACCUUGCACUGGUUGUACAAAGCCUCGUGAUCUCCUUUACAAGCCAAAAGACAAUAUAGUGCCUUGUGUUGACCCCUUAUGCAGUGCCAUCCACUCAGCAGGAAACUUUAAGUGCGAGUCUUCUAAUGAUCAAUGUGAUUAUGAGGUCCGGUAUGCUGAUUACGGUUCAUCUCUUGGUGUGCUGGUCUUAGACUACUUUACCCUAAGAUUAAUGAAUGGAUCUCUCCACAGACCUAAAAUGGCCUUUGGGUGUGGAUAUGAUCAAAAGAAUCCAGGUCCAAUCCCACCACCUCCCACAUCAGGGGUCCUUGGCCUUGGCAAUGGCAAAACAAGCUUUGUUUCACAAUUGGAAACCCUGGGUGUAAUAAAGAAUGUGAUUGGACACUGUUUGAGCAGGGAGGGGGGAGGAUUUUUAUUUUUCGGAGAUCAGCUUGUCCCUUCUUCAGGAAUCAAUUGGACACCAAUAACAGGCAAUUUAUUGGACAAACACUACACAUCAGGACCAGCAGAGCUUCUUUUUGGUGGAAAGGCUACUGGCAUAAAGGGACUAGAAUUGAUUUUUGACAGUGGGAGCUCUUAUUCUUACUUCAGUGCCCAAUUGUACAAAAGCACACUUAAUUUGGUAACGAAAGAUCUAUCUGGAAAGCCUUUAAAAGAUGCACCAGAGGAGAAGGCCCUCCCUAUCUGCUGGAAAGGUGCAAAACCUUUCAAAUCUGUUAGUGAUGUCAAGAGCUACUUCAAGCCCUUAGCACUAAGCUUUACAAAAUCAAAAAAUGUUCAGCUGCAUUUACCACCUGAAGAUUAUCUUAUUAUCACGAAAAAUGGAAAUGUGUGCUUGGGGAUUCUAAAUGGUAGUGAAGUAGGAUUGGGAAACAUCAACAUAAUUGGAGACAUUUUUUUACAAGAUAAACUGGUGAUAUAUGACAAUGAUAAGCAUCGGAUCGGCUGGGUUCCUGCAAAUUGUGACAGACUUCCGAAUGUGGACCGUGACUAUAAUGAAGGUUUUUGUCCAACUAAUUAUGGUUUCCUAGACGAGCAUUGCCCAUCACCAUUUGCUACUGUGAAGACCAAUACUGAUACAAAGAACAUUGCACCAAGAUAUAAAAGGCAAAAAUAAAUAGCUUGAUGUCAUUAUAGAUAGUAGAUAGAUACAUUUGUUCAAUCACAUAGGUUUACAAAUGUUGUUCUUUCUUCUGUGAUCUGUAACCUUCACAAUAGAUUUAAUGGGUUUGUCCCACAUACAUAGCAUUUGUUACAAAAUUAUGGUAAUGUCCCUAGUUCAUUUCCGCUACAAGUUAGCUACCGCAUUUAGGAUUACAAGAAAGGUGCUACUCCCUGGCUGUUGCUUCUACUGAGAGUUAUGAGAGAAGCUGGCAUACAUCAAUUGGGUUACUUCUGUUACUGUACAUUUGGUUACACCUGCAUAACACCAAGAAGAGGUCAAACAGUAGAAUUCGUCACAUUGGAAUAAAUAAAUAAAUUCUGUUAA